GUGCCCGCCGUGCCCGCGGAGGGAGGGCCCUCGCCCGGAGAGCGGCCAAUCCGGGCGGGCGCUGGCGGCGAGCAGGGGCAGAAUGGGCUGUAGUUGAGUGAAAUAGGGAAAGCGGCGAACAGUGUGGAGCGUUCCCGGUGUAAAUAAAAGGGGGAGGAAAAAAAAAAGUUUGUGGAAGUCGCCGCCCUGCAGCCUCGCUCGGGCAGCGGUGCGGGGGCUUGUGCGGUGCAGGAGCCCGGCACGGAGGACUUUAGUGCGCGGCGUUAACACGCUCUGCCUAUUGUUUGUGUUUUUUUUCCAAAAUAUGGCAAAGGUUCAGGUGAACAAUGUAGUGGUGUUGGAUAAUCCUUCUCCUUUCUACAAUCCUUUCCAGUUCGAAAUCACAUUCGAGUGCAUAGAGGACCUGUCUGAAGAUUUGGAAUGGAAAAUAAUUUAUGUGGGUUCAGCUGAAAGUGAAGAGUAUGAUCAGGUGUUAGACUCUGUUUUAGUCGGACCUGUUCCUGCAGGCAGACACAUGUUUGUAUUUCAGGCUGAUGCACCUAACCCAGGGCUUAUUCCAGAUGCAGAUGCAGUAGGUGUAACAGUUGUGCUAAUUACAUGCACUUACCGAGGUCAAGAAUUUAUUAGAGUUGGCUACUAUGUAAACAAUGAAUAUACUGAAACAGAACUGAGAGAGAAUCCACCAGUAAAGCCAGACUUUUCUAAGCUUCAAAGGAAUAUUUUGGCAUCUAAUCCCAGAGUCACAAGAUUCCACAUUAACUGGGAGGACAACACUGAAAAACUGGAAGAUGCAGAGAGCAGUAACCCAAAUCUACAGUCUCUGCUUUCCACAGAUGCGUUACCUUCAGCAUCAAAGGGAUGGUCAACAUCAGAAAAUUCACUAAAUGUUAUGUUAGAAUCUCAUAUGGACUGCAUGUGACUAACCACCAUCGUUUUGGUACUGUAUAUGUGUUAAACUGUAAAAACAACCAGAACUAUUUCCCUCAAAUUCCAUAAGUACAUAGUUUGAUGAGCAAUGUGAAGAACUUGUUUUAAAACAUCCUGUAGAAAGUUUAUAAAAAAAACCAAAAAAACCCAACAAACAAACAGUAUUUGAGCAAAUUGUGGAAUAUAAAUACAACUAUUUUUAAGUAAUUGCCUUUUUUUCUAAUGUGUUAUUCUAUGUGGUCUGAACCAAACCUGAUUAAAGUAUAUGUAUUCUCCCCCCUCCCCCUUUACUUUGUAAGCACUAUUAAAAGCUAAAAAAAAAAAAAAGUUUUAAGGUUAAAACAUUCAGGCAGAAUGAAGGAAUAAUGCCAUGUCCUUGUCUCUGAUACCCAGAUUGCCAAAUAUAAAGUGUCCUUUAAUAGCAGCUUAAGAACAAAACUGUCAUUAGAUGAAGUGCAAAGAGAAAAGUAUCUCUGAUUAAAAAAAAAAAA